GGAAGGAGGGAGAGGAAGGUGGGACAAGAGAUGGUUUGUGUGUUGGCCAGUCGCCUGAGUGGGGUAGGUAUGUAGCGAGGUUCGCGCACGCACGUACGUACACACGCACACGGCGGGGCCACCAAGCCAGCCAGCGAGCAGCACAGCCAGCAGCUCCACCACGUCGGGACUCGCAGCACCAGUACGCUCCCGACGCCCCAGCCACUUGUUACUCGCUUCGGCCGCACCUGCUCCGCUUGCGGCAGCCGCUGAGGUGCUCCUCGGUCCUUCGAGGGCGACACUGUGUGCUGUGGAGGUGCUUGCGUCUGCUCGUGCUUUGCGACCGAAACGUGAAGUUUGGUAACGCGUGUGGAGAUCGGCGCUGUGAUUAACGUCGCUUCGCUUUUGGGUGCAGUGCUGUGUGCGGCGCGUGGAGGGCGGCGAUAUAAAGCGUUUGUGUUUUUAUGCGCCAAAGGGAAGCUACGCUGUUUGGGACGAGGCUUUGUCUCGGUUUAUUUCGAGACCGGGCGUGCGUGUGCGAGCGGGGACAAAGCUCGGAAAACGAGAGUGAGCUUCGUGGUGCAGCGUGUGCUCGGGAGAUGAAUUCGUGUGGUGACAGUGAUGCUUUAGCCUAUUGUGUCUUUUAACAAGGCGAAUGUGUAGUGCUGUCGUAGAGGAGAAUUGGAGAAGCAGGUAAGGACAGACCGACGGAGAGCCGUCAUCAAAAGGGUGAUCCCAAGGUACUGGAAGAGUUGCCAGCUCGUCAAUUAAUCCGCGGCUCAGGCCCCCUCCGGCCGCGAGCAAACAGAAUCAUCAGUCAAAGGCUCGCGGGAUAGAAAGCGCACCUGACACCUCUCCAUUAGCGUGGCAUGAGAUGCGAAGUGCGAGGGCAUGACAGACGUAAAUCUGCAGGUCCUUCGGCCGCGCCGGCACCGCGCGUGAUCUGAAUGGAAAAAUUAAAUCCCCGAAGCUGAACGCUGGCGGCGUGGCAACCCUCGAGUGGCCGUGCGCGGGUGGGAGAUGAUUACCCUCGUUGUUUACACCUGUAGCUAGUCACCUGGUGUGCGCUGGCCCCCGGUGCGCUGGGGGAAAGGGGAGGAAGGAAUUUCCUCCCCGGGGCGCGAGGAAACUGCGCGCGAAAGACGGAUGUGAUGAAGGCCUUUGUGGCUCCUAUGACAGUCAAGGUUGCACAAAAGUCAAGGUCGCGGAUCGGCGAGGCUGUGCUGUGUAUCUGCGCUGGAGAUGCCUGUGCUGAGGGCGAAGAGUCCGCGGGUGGAGGGCGGGCGGUGCUACCCCAAGGUGUGCUGGUCCGCCGUCACCCGCGCCACCCACUGGGGGAUCAGCACGCGCUCGUCCGCCCCCGAGACGCACUCCGCCAAGUCUGCGAGGAGUGCGAAAUCCUCGCAGAUCUUCAACGGCUUCCCAGUCGAUUCGGAUCAGGGCGGCGUCACGAGCAGGCCGGACGGUGAUUCAGAGGCGAACGGCUGCAGAAGGGAAAUGGGCGCUCCCAGGGCCCCCGCGGCCCCCGCCCGCCACCAGGGGGGAGUGCACGCCGCUCAGCCCCUCCCCGCGAGCGCGCUCCCCCGGGGGGCGCAGCAGCACCGCCAGGCUCGCCUCCAGCCCAGUACCCCUAGAAGUGCCACGCCGUCUCGGUCGUCUGCCUCUGCUUCCACGGGCAAGGGCUUGAGUAAUGGCGGUGCUUUCCGGGCGCCAGGGACCAGACUCCGCUUCUUCUCCAGGAGUGUAGCGGCGCCGCCCCCGCCUGCGUGUGACGACCAUCACUGUGACGUCGACGACCUGUGUGACGCCAGCAGUGCGAGCGACUGCAGCAGCGCCAGCGAUGCACACAGCUCCAGCGGUGGUCACAGCUUACGUGACUCGUGCAGUGGAAGCGACGACGACGGUGCUUGCUCUGGCACGUGCUGCAUUCCGGCGGGUGACGCGCCGUGCUGUCUAUUACCCUGUGCCCACACCUCUGCGGGUGCCAAGAUAAUUAGGAGUGCCAUCAGCGUGCCCUCGACGAGGCACUGUGGUUAUGGUGCCUAUGGGAACGAGAAUGACGCCAGCAUAGCCAAGAUGCCUCUGCGAGCUCGGAGCGGCGAGGGCGUGACGACAGCGGCGUGUAUGGGUGCUCUCAGCUGCAGGCUCAACGGCGCUCGCGAUGGCGGGGCCGGCCGGGCGGCGACGCCGAACGGGCAUUGUGAAACUCAGGUGCUUGACAGGUGCGACGAGGAGGCCCCGGCGCCCCGCCACCCCCGUGCUGAGAGUGAGCCGAGUGUGAGCAGAGACAAGGACGCGAGUGACAGGAACACGGCCCCGCGCGGCAUUGUGUGUCGUAUUGGCCGUCAGCAGGACAGCAGCGCUGCGCCGAUGGUGCGACAAGACACUUUCACAAUAGAGAGAGGGCAAGGCGGGAUCAGCCCUCGAGGGGAAGGGGGCCUCUCCUUGCCCAUGCUGUCGAGGCCGCUCUGCCCCUCCCCGACGCCCACGCCCUCCCUCGCCACCCUUAGGCCUAGGGCUGGCCAGAGUGGCACCUCCAACGGCUCCAAACUUAGGCCUCCCGCCACUCACUACCGCGAGGCCGCCCGCCUCAGCCCUGCCAGGUCGAACGGCGCUGCCUCGGCCCCGUACUCCCGGGGGUCGUUAUCGCAGCCCAGGGCGGCGCUCGCGGCCUCGAGGGGAGGGCGGAGGAGGAGCGCCAGUGAGAAUGGGGACUUGGGAGCAGAGGAAAGGCUCGGUGGAGGCGCGGACACUCCACCGUGGGAGCCUCACCAUGUCGCCAAGGGUCCACGUGGGAGUGGCAACACUAAGCGCGGUGCCCCGUACUCCCGCAGCAGCGUCAGCAGUGAUGAACACGAUCAACAGGCGGCCUCAGGACAGCAGAAGGAGGACCCGCCCCCCCACCAGCCCACGCACCGAGGCCGCCGUGCCAUGAAGAUCACAUUGCGCGAAGAGGCCACGAAAAAGAACACUAACCUCACUACUCCAGCGUCUAGGACUCGAUCAGGCUCCCGGAGUUCUGGUGGUUCCAGCCCAGCAACCAUACAUGGGAGGGCUCCACACAAGACUGCCACAGCAGCCCUAAUCGGGAGUCCAUGGGGGGGAAGGGGUAACUAUCAAAGCAAGAAUUUCACAUUCAAGCUCAGAAGAAGAAAAGCUGAAGCUGACAGAGAAAAAGUGAUUGGCUACGGGUACCAGGGCACUGCUGGAAGGAAUGGUGAAGGUGCUUCAUCAAAUAAUUCUAAUAACUCAAGCACAAAUGUGACAAAGAUCCCUGGAAGCUCAGGUCUAGUCAGAAACCGUGUCGCCAUGCUGGAGAAGACUCCUACAAAGACUACUCCACAACCACCAGUGAGAAGAAGCAGUCUGAAGAAACCAGUAAUCAGACCCACAUCUUUAGAAAAGACACCUAUUCUAGUCAUGCCCGUCACAGAAAAGACAGUAGAACUUAGUAAGCCUGUGUGUAGAAGGCUGGAAUACAGUGAAUGCAAGAAUGUGAAAAGUGAUGCACAAAAUGAAAUAAGUGGUGAAAUACAACAGGGAAUAAAUCCUAAACUUUCUACCUCACAUCCAAAGGCUGAAGACAUUCUGAUUGUGGGUUCAAUCGAGGUAGAAACACAUACAGACAAUAAUAUCCUUUUAGAAGCUGAAAAUCAUGGAAGUUAUUAUGAAAAUUCCUAUGAAAAAACACCACUUAUAGUCAAAGAAGUACCUUUGAAACAUAGUCCAGAAAACAACAAAGCAAAUGAGAACAAAGCAGCCAAUGAUGUUAUUGAAAAGGAAAAAUUACAUGUUGUUACAUAUGACGGGGAUUCAUCAGAAUAUUUGUCAGAGACUACUAAUGACUACACAGACAGCAGUUUAUCUGAGAGAGUUGAUGAUAGUUGUGACACAGGGGAAAUGGUGAAUGGGCAUUACCUCCAGUCUCCAGAUGAGUUUGGAAUGAAGAUUCUAACUCCUCAGUCUGAAUCAUCAUUUGAGAUAUUGGAAUCAUUAAGUGAAACAGUGGAGUUGAGCACAGAGGAAGCCAGGGAUGACUACUCACUCACAGAACCAGAAAUCAGUGAGAGCAAGGCCACGAUUCUUGAAGUUAAAAGACAAGAGUCAGCUGAGGGGCUGGCUCCUUCAAAUUCAGGUUCAGAAGGAAGAACAUCAACUGAAGAAUUAUCCAAACCUCCCUUGAAACCAAAACCAAAGCUUCCUUCUGUAUCACCAGAAAAACUGACAAACCCAAGUGAAGUGAGUAAGCCAUCUUGUAUCCCCACAGAUGCUCAUAUUGCCAAGUCAGAGAGUUCCCAAAAAUCACCAGUUGGGUCACCUGUUGACAAAAAGAAACCGGUGGGAAUGGGGAUGACUUUAGUCAAGGCAACAGACAUGAAAUCGUCUGUGGAUUCUUCUAUAGAUUCUCCAAAGUCAACCACAGGGAAUCCUAUGGUGGAAUCGUCUGACCGCUCAACGCUUUCUGGGAAAUGCACUCCCACCUUAAACUCUGGCAGGGGAGACUUGGAUCAAGAUUUUCUGAUUGAUGAUGAGAUCGCAGAUCAACCAGGCCUUAUGUUUGGUGGGUCCACAAUGGCAUCUUCAUUCUUCACAGAUGAUGGAAUAUUCGAUGACUUGACAGCAACCUCUCCAAGUCAUGUGCCACUUAAGUCAGCUGCAGUAGGUUCUGGUAGGAGUCGUGCCAACAGUGUGGACACAGCCUCUAGUCUCGGCGCUGAUGACCUCAUGCUUGACUUUGACAUAGAAGAGGGCAAAGCAGGAGGUUCGUCUAACAGGUCUUCUAACAGUUCGUCCCUCAGUGUUGGCCUCCCUGGAUCCCUAACAGGGGCGCGUCCAAAAAAGAUGCACCUUCGCAUUACCAUUCCUGGACGCAGAUAUGACGAGGAAGUUCUCAGUCCAGAUGCCAGCGAAAUCUUCAGCGAAUGGACAGCCAUGAUGGCGGAAGUGGGCAGCUCAGUUGCAGAAAGAUGUGUGUCUCGAGAUGGCAGCAGCGGAGGUGGGCGGACGUCGCGGCCGCGGCUGAACAGCUCCUCGGACGUGUCUUCGCCGGACCCCAGGCGGCCCACCGUGCUCAGACCGCCGCGGCAGGGUGGCUUAUCAGAAGGUGAGGGAGGUGGAGUCUGCAUCGACCGCACUUCAUAUCACUACAUGUGCCAGGAUGUCACCGCCCUGAAAACCAUGCUGCUGCGUCUCAGAAGAGUUCUUCAGGCUGCCGACACCAUAAAUCCAUUUGAUGCCAAUCUACGGAACUCAUUAUAUCUCAGCCUAGCCAGCAGUGACUCUCCCGGAGGCUGUGGGAUCAAUGGCGAUAAAGAUUCUCUUACACCAUCAGUGAUUGAGCUGUCCCAGGAAAACAUUGACUUACGGAGACAAGUAGUGCUCCUGCAACAACAACUGGAAGAACGAGACCGCACCAUAAGGCUCUUACAACAGCAAUUAGCACAGAGUUUAGUGAGCCAAAAAACGACUUGCAAUCCUACUGAUGCCGAAGCCCCAACAAACACAGUGAACGCUGCUACACAGACAGAGCGUUCCUCUCGUCCCACACUCACUGGAUCCAGCCUCUCGCGAGCGGCGUCCAUUGAUGAUGGACUUGGACCAACUGUCAGCUUCCGGCUGGGCAAGCAGGUACACGUUUUCUGAGGGUGAAGGUGAUUGUAUGGGUCGAGGACGAAGCACAUCAGCACCAGAGCAUCGCCAGCCCAGAGCAGCCAGCCAGCCACCGGCACUUCUUAACCGACAUCCUACUCAAUCAUGAUCAUCACUUGACAUGAAACCAACUUGCUAUGACACAAUGCCAGCUACAACUAUCACCUUUCACUGAUCCAAACUCAUACCAUAAUCAACAUGGACUUCCUAGGUUCAGUGAAUCUGUUACCUAUUUUUAUAUAUAUAUCAUAACCCAACUGACUUUAAGCUUGCUGCUUUCAAACCACCUAAAGUAAUGCUUUACCAGAUGUACGACUUCCUUUAAGACUGUGCUCUAACUGUCAGAGGCACUUCAAAAGUUGUAUAACGUACUCAAAAGGUGCAGUUUAUAAACUACUGAUUCAGUUGUGAUUCAGAAAAAUAUACAAGAUAAAAAGAUUAAUGAAGGACAUAGCUUCUUCUGUGACUAAACAUAUUCAUGCCUUUGGGGAACUUUUAGUGCCACAAAGUAAAACAUGGAAUGAGCUUGGGUUACAUAUGAAUUGUGUAUCACUUAACCUAAUUGUUAUAAGAGCAGCCUUCCGGUCUCCUAACUUUGUGAUACUCUUCAUAUCUGCUCUGUGUUCAUUCAUGCUGAAAAUUGAAAGCAGUCAUUGUUUACACUUAUUGGCUAAGAAAAAGUUAAUAGUUGAGUGGUAGAUCUAUUGUGGGGAUUCUUACUGUAACAUUCUUAUGGAAUAUACAAAAAUCUGUUAUAGAUGCUUAAACCUUAUUGCAAUGUAUAUUGGUUCUGCAAGCAACUGUUGAAUAUAAGUGUAUUAUACUGGUUCUGAACCUACAUAGCAACAUUACUAUAGAUAGCAGACAUUUAGCUGCUAACAAUGUGUUGUAAGCUUCUGAUGUAGAAGUUGUAGACAAUAAACUAUAUGAAGUAGAAUAUGCCAUAUUAUAACUGGUGUAAGCAGUUUUCAUAAUUUUUGAGCAGCUUUACAGGGAAUGGAAGCACAACUUACAAUAGUAAUUCUCCAGAAUAAUAAAGCUGUUCCUUUACAGAAUAGUCAAAGAACUUGGAGUCUAUCCAUCAAAGCAUGACCAAUAAAUAAACUUAUAAUCAUAUGAACUGCUUGUGAUCAACACUUCUUGCUGCACUGCAAUGAAAGCUCGCCAUUGAUUCAGUGUAAUUUAUUGUCAUACGUCAAGUCACCCUCAAGCAUAAAAUAUUCCAAGGCUGCUCUUGCUUGUCCAAUAAUGACAUGUGGUAAAAUCAGGGUUUGCUGACAUGAGAAGAAGCUACACUGUAAAAUUAAAGAUGAUGUAUUACAAAUGCUUUUAACUUAUUGACAUUAUUUCAUUAUUUUUUACAUAUAGGGCUUUAUGUAUUCAUAGGAUCACUGUAUAUAAACAUGGACAUGUACUUUACCAAAGGAAGAAUCAGAGAUUGCUUGGUACAUGUUGAAAAGUAGUUCCUCUCAUGUCAUAGUGCCAAACCCUGAGGUUAUCACAACUAUAUAACAUUUUUAUGAGUGUCUUUGCUAAAAUUUAAGCUUAAAAGGACCAGUAUGGGAACUACAGUAUGUAGAUAUGAUUUUUUUUUUGAGGACAUGACUGGUUAAAAAGUCUGUAAAUAGGAAAUAUAUUUAUUGAAGUAUUUAUACCUCAUGAUCCAAAUUCACAUUCACUUGCUUGCAGAUGAGUUCGGGAUAAGUAACAUUGGAUAUGAAUAGAUCAGAAAAAAAAUUAUACCGUUAAAAUAAAUACUGUUUUAUUGCAUUUUGUUACAAACUUCAAGGAUUUCAUUACUUUUAUCUUCAAAGAUCUCUUAUAAGUCAGUUGCUCAUCUGUCCUGCAAGCAUUUGAUGGUGAAACCAAUGCCAAAGAACAUGAACUAUACUUCUGAUUAUGUUUUGUUAUCAUUUCUUUAGGAACUGUGAUGUUUAGUUUGUGAUAGUAUUAUAGAUUCUAUCCAAAAAAAAUGUGAACAUUCCAUUGUCUUUUAUCUAAAAUGGUUGUCCAUAUUUUUCAGUUUUGUUAAAGGUUUUCAAAUAGGCGUACACUUAAUGUUGGCUGUAAUUUGAAAGGAAAAGUGUACUUUGUCAUGAAACAAUAACAGAGAUCAAUAUUUUAUUUAGCAAUGUUUUAAAUUUUUGUUAAGAGUCCAACUGUUGUUGGAAUUAUUAGGGAAGAUGAUGGCACAUGUAUGCAGUGUUGUGAAAACAAGUGCGUGUGAGCACUGCCACUUGUGCUUAGCUUCAAAUUUAUCCAGUGGUUGUAAAUGCGCUGACAUGCCAACUUAUCAUAAAUAUAUACAAACAAAAAUA